AUGGGCUUCACCUUCCCCUCAGCCCAGAAGUGCCCCGCCAAGAGCGACCAAGCCCAGGGAGGUCCCCACCCAGCCUAUAACUCAGGAGACACCUCAGCCAAGACCCAGCCUCUCUCCAUGCUAGACCUUCUUCCUCCUUCCUACUUUGAUGACAAGGACCUCCACGUCCUGGUGCACCUCCAGCCCCGAGACAUGUCCUGCUACAACCCGUGCCUGCCCUGCCAGCCCUGCGGCCCCACCCCGCUGGCCAACAGCUGCAAUGAGCCCUGUGUCAGGCAGUGCCAGGACUCCACCGUUGUCAUUGAGCCUCCUGCUGUGGUGGUGACCCUGCCCGGACCCAUCCUCAGCUCCUUCCCGCAGAACACUGCCAUGAGGAAGGGAUACAUAACUCCUCAGCCCCUGGCCAUCAGGCCCAGCUUUGUUGAGCCUCUGCCCAGAAAUGCCCUCUUGGCCUCGGUGCACUUGUAUAGAUGGGAUAUUUUGGAUCCAGACAGAUUAAUCCAAUGUCCAUAUAAUAAACAUCAUCGAAUCAGAGCCUGUCGGUUUCCCUAUCACCUUGUAAAGUGUAGGAAGAACUACCCUGAAGUUGCAAAGGAAUUGGCCACAUGCCCCUUCAACGCUCGCCAUCUAGUUCCUCAAGCUGACCUCAGCGAUCACAUAACAAAGUGCAAUGACAAAGGGUUCAUCGAGCAAGAUAUAGUGAAUCAGUCCUCUGGCUUCCAGAGAGAGCAGAUGAAUGCUGUGAGCACGUGGCAGGCACCUCCCUGUGAUGAAGACUGGGAAACAGAGUUGUUGGAGCAGUCAGAUUCUCCUUUUGUUUGGGGCAUGACCAAUUCUGGCAUGAACAGUUCCAGUAGCACCUUUGAACAAAAGAAUUGCUUGCCUUCAAGAGUACGUGCCCCGGAGUCCUUCCCAUACGCCGUAUCAUGGAAAGGCUGUAAGUACUAUGCAUGUGGCUUUGGCACUGUGAUUUCUGUAGAUGGUGACAGCUGCUGA